UCCAAGAAGUUCAUUCACCGAUACACAGAUGUGCAUGGUCUGCCUUGCAUUGAGAAGAUUGUGAGCUCAGUGGAGGACACUCCUGAAGCCAUUACCACAAAAAUCACUGGCAUCAUCCCCGAAUGGAUUGAUGGAAGCUUCCUCAGAAACGGCCCUGGAAAAUUUGAGAUUGGCAAUCAAAAGUUAAACCACUGGUUUGAUGGUAUGGCUCUUCUUCACCAGUUCAAAAUUGUGAAUGGUGAGGUAACUUACAAGAGCUGCUUCCUCUCCAGUGACUGUUACCAGGCCAACAAAGAGAACAACCGUAUCAUGGUCUCAGAGUUUGGGACCCUUGCCAUGCCAGACCCCUGCAAAAACUUUUUCCAACGCUUUUUGACCAGAUUUGAAUUACCAAAACCCACGGAUAAUGCCAGUGUGAGCUUUGUGACCUACAAGGGGGAUUACUAUGUCAGCACAGAAACCAACUAUAUGCAUAAGGUGGACCCUGAGACACUGGAGACCAAAAAGGUUGAUUGGCGUAAAUUUAUUGCUGUAAACGGAGCCACUGCACACCCUCAUUAUGAACCUGAUGGUACAACAUAUAACAUGGGGAAUUCCUAUAAUGCUAAAGGAGCAAGCUACAACAUCAUCCGUGUGCCUCCUACCAAAGAGGCACCGGAGGAAACCCUGGAGGGAGCAACUGUGGUUUGCUCCAUCCCCUCAGCAGACAAGACCAAACCCUCCUAUUACCACAGCUUUGCCAUGUCAGAGAACUACGUGGUUUUCAUUGAGCAGCCCAUCAAGAUGGACCUGCUUAAGAUUUUGACAGGCAAGCUGAGAGGGAAAGGCAUCAGUAAUGGUGUCUACUGGGACCCUAAACAUGACACUAUCUUCCACCUGAUCCACAAGCAGACAGGGAAGGUAAGCUUGGUCAAGUAUCACGCCAGGCCGUUGUCAACUUUCCACCAGAUCAACGCCUAUGAAGAGGAUGGCUUUCUGAUCAUGGAUCUGUGUGCUUCAGAUGAUGGCCAAGCCAUUAAUAACUACAUGAUCCAGAACCUUCGCAAGUCAGGAGAGGCCCUUGAUGAGGUAUACAACACCAUGUGUCGAGUUUUCCCAAGGCGCUUUGUCCUGCCUUUAAACGUAGACAUCAAUACGCCCUGUGGUCAAAAUCUGAAUACACUGCCUGACAGCACAGCCACUGCUACCAAGAUGGCCAACAACAAGGUGUACUGCACCCAUGAAGAUCUCCAUGGAGAAGAGCUCCAUGAAUAUGGAGGCCUGGAAUUCCCUCAGAUUAACUAUGCAAAAUACAACACUCACCCAUACCGCUAUUUCUAUGGCUGUGGCUUCAGACACCUGGUAGGAGACUCACUAAUCAAGAUGGACCUCCAUGGGAAACAGAUGAAGGUAUGGGAGCAGCCUGGUCUUUACCCCUCUGAACCUGUCUUUAUACCCUCCCCUAACGCCACAGAGGAGGAUGACGGUGUGGUCAUGUCUGUCGUUGUCACUCCAAUUAAGGACAAGAGUACAUUUCUCCUAGUUUUAGAUGCCAAGACAUUCAAAGAGCUGGGUAGGGCUGAGGUGCCUGUCAACAUUCCCUACGGUUUCCAUGGGGCAUUCAAAGCAUGUGAAAAGAAAAAUAUGCAUAACUAG